UCUUUUAAAGAACGAUAAGUUAGUUAUGUUAAUUUUUUACUCGAAAUUUUCGAAAAUAUCAUCUGACACUUAAAGGCAUCGCUUAAAACUCUGUACUAUUAGCAAGCUUAUAUAUAUAACGAAUAAGAUAAUCUCGAAAUGGUCGAAAUGAGAACCAGAUUGGGAAUUUCACCUACGAGGCGGAGAUCGAAAAGAAUAAUAGCCAAGCAGCUCAUUGAGGUGAUGCAGGCGUCCGGAUUGAAACGGGAUGAGAUUGACGAAAUCAUCAACAAGAGACUUGACAUUUCCCAGGGACUGGAACAGGACUAUUGGAAGAAUCGACAGAGAAGGAAACUUGGGAAUUGGUUGAAGAGCAGCGUCGUCUUCACGUUGGUCUUCGGCUCCUUCCUAUUCAUGGCACUAAUGAGGAUAUGGAUGCGCGGUACAUGGAACGAAUGUGAAUGCCUCGAAUAGUUUUUAUGAUUAGUAAAUUAUUAAAAAAUUUUAAACAUAU